AUGUCAUUCUGGGGCCUGAAAUUCGAUCAUUCCCACUGCAAGGCUAACGAUACCUCUUACUUCCGUUGUCCGGAGACGCUGGCUUCAAGGAUGGUCGACGGCAUCAGAACCCUCGGGAAGGCUGGAGAGUUACAGAGGCCUACCGUGCUUAUUAUUGAUGAGGUUGUCACUGUGUUCGAUUCUAUGCUCCUAGCGACGGAUCAAGCCCUGCGUGAGCUACGCCAAGAGCAUGGACUGUUUGGCAACGUACAUAUGAUCUUUAUUGGAGAUCCUCUACAGCUCCAGGGUGCUACUCCCGAAAGGUACGGUGCGUAUAGUGACAUAGAGGUCGCUCCUAUAUGGGAAUGUGAGCUUUGGAACGUUAUGCCAUUGAAAACUUACUUCUUGAGGUCAUUCAAUCGCGGAUCCAGCAGUUCUGCACUAUGCAGACCUGGACGCCGUGGCCGCCGACCGCUGCCUUACACGAGUCCUGGCCCUGAUAUCCCAUAUAUGGAAUUCCUGGCCGAGAUCAGAGGCGCUAAUACAGGAAGUCCUCUCUCGGAGUCGGCGAGUGGAGUGGCUGCUGCCAUUCGUGACGUUGAGGGCGAGCAUGAGCCAGAGUGGACUGCCGUUACAAUUUACCGUGCUACCGCAGAUCGGAUAAACGAGCGGCACCUUCGCGAACUCCCAGGCGAUGUUGUGACCUUCAAAGCCGGUGUAACUGACAAUCGGGUGGGAGAAGAUCACGAUAUAGGUAUUUUAGCCGUACCUCUUGUGAUAAAUCUCAAGCCCGGCUGUCGGAUCAUGUUCACUACGAACUGCAGGGGCAAAUUCUGCAAUGGGGAUCUCGGCAUCAUCAGCGAGUUCAUGAACAUCGAGAGCGAGACGAACUCGGUUCAGUACACCGAUGAGUACGCUGACUCUGAGACUUCUAUGGCAUGCAUUCGUGUGAGGCUGGAUCGCACCGGCCAGGAUAUUGUGGUGUUCCCAAUCACACAAAUCGUGGCCAAGGACGACGGUUCGCUCCUCUACAGGAGAU